GUAAGCGCUCUUUUUACCACCGCCACAUCAGAAGAAGAAGUCAACAACACAGUGUAGCUAUGGCUAAUGACAAGAAUCCUCUGGGACAGCUCAAGGACCUGGUGGAGCUGAAAGAUCAGCUGGAGGACAUUCAGAGACGGGUGGAGGAUGAGAUACAGGCUGGGGUUCCUCCCGGAGGCAGUCUGCUGGCUUCUCCGUUCUUGAAGGGUUUUCUGGCUGGGUACGUUGUUGCUAGGCUACGCUCUUCAGCUUUGCUGGGUGUUGCCGUAGGAACGUGUACAGGAAUGUAUGCAGCACAGAAUUAUGCUGUUCCCAACAUUGAAAACACCGUCAAAGACUACAUAAACAACCUGAGAGGAGGACGCAAAUGAGAAGAGAGGAAGAAAAUGAUGGAGACCGACAUCUGCAAGAAGAGGAUGCCGGGAGAGCUGCCUAUGGGAACAGACAUUCAGGUUCAGAGACAUGUAUUUUACGAUGUUAAAACAUUUCUUUCCACAUGGAUGCACUAAUAGGAACAGUUUGAAGUAGAAAACAAGAUACUGGGUAAGCUAGUGAUUCAUCUCCUCUUUUCAUAUUUGUCUAAAUAAGUUGAACCAUGUUCACCUGAACCUAUUCAACUUUAGUAUGUAGAGAGGAAGAAGCAUAAUUUGCAUUCGACUGAGUCUAUUAACAUGCAUGUGGAAAGCCUUAGACAUUUUUUUCAACACAGAAAAUCUCAUUCAUCUCAUUUCUUUUCUAUACGUGUAAUGAUUUAUAGAAACAUGGAGACUAUCCUCAAUCCUAAUAGCUGCUGUAAUUGAUAAUCUGAACCAAAACCUGUUCUGUCUGACAUUGCAUGUGCCGUUUACAGAUAUGCACUUUUUUUUUUUUUUUCAAAAUUGAAAGCUUAGUUUUGUGUUGAACUAAUUCUUCUGUGUAGUUGAAGAGUUUUAGAAACGUGUUUUGUUAUCUGAUUUGGCAUCCUCUACCCUUUAGUGGUCAGAAGGCAGUUAUAGCAGCUUUAAUUAAUUCAGUUUUUUGCUCAGGGGUUAGAAAAUACCACACUUCCUAUCUUCAAGGUGCUGAAAACCCUGACACAACCCAACACGGUACUUGUUAGUUUUCACCUUGUUUGCAGGUGUUAAAUCACAGUCUAUGGUGUGAAGAGAUGCGUCUGUGAAGGUAUAGGACUCCUGCAUUUACUUUAAGACUGUUGACCUAAUCUCUGCAGCAAUUAUUAGACUUUUCAGAGACUCAUAAUUUUCACGAAUCACUCCAAAAAGUAUUCUAAGUAAGUAUUCUACAUAAAGUAAUUCAGAUUCAAAUUUGCAAAGCCUUGGGAACAGUGAAGGCAAUCAGAUGAAAAUGCCAAAGCGAAUGUGUUAUUUAAAGAUAAAGUUGUGAUUGUCUCUUAGGACUUUUAGCAAAAUAGGGAGGUAAUAAGUAUUUUAUGUAAAAUAUACAUUAUCAGUGCCUACUGUGAUCUGGAAAUGAUAUUAUCACUUUAUACCAUGGGUGCAAUAGCCAUUGUCUGAUGAGAUCUGGUGGCCUGUUUCAUAUGCUGGAAACUAGCUUAUCUUUUGCACUUAGAUCAGUUAUGGGGAUCUGAAGCUGUUACAUUUUUCUUUAGGGUUUGUCAAAAUCCAUCCAAGAAAAUAACAUGUUAUUUAAAAUGUGGUGUCUGCAAAAACUUACUGUUUCAUUUUUCAAGAUGAAGAAUUGGGUAUUGUUAUGCCUUUCACAGUUUAUGACUUAAACCCACAAACAUGGAAAGACUUAACCCAUGCAGUAAUUAUAUAGCACAGUAUAAACACACAUUCUUAAAUAAUAACUCCAAACCUGCACUAAGAUGUUUACAUGGCCUAUAGAUACCAUAUAUAUCUCUGUGUAAAAUUUGCUGUGUUAGACAGAAUAAGCCAUGAUGCUGAAACAUAUCAGAGUUGUAAGUGUAAUAUGUGUACUGAAACUGGAAUCCAGACAACUUGUGCCUAUUUGGGAAACAUUGCGUUGCUGCCUUUGUAUUGCACGUUCUUCAGUCCUUUAUUUCCUGUCUGUUGUUAUACUUUGAAUAUCUUUUAAUGUUGUAAUCUCCCUGAGAAUUAAGACAUGCAAAUUAAUGGUGUAUGCUGUAUUUUUUCUCUCAUACAACAUCAUUACAGAAAUAAUACAACAAAGAAACCCGCGACAACUGUCUUUUAACAGUUUUAUUUGGGUUGUUUAAAUACAUUGGGACUUGCACUUUUUAA